AGGGAGAAGGAGGAGAAGAAAAGGAAGAGGAGGAAGAAAGGGAGGAAGAAAAAAGAAGGGAGGGAGAGGAUGGAAGAGGAAGAAGAAGGGGGGAGGAGAAGAGUGAGGAAAAGGCGAAGGAGGGCCAGGUGGGCAACGGAGGGGGCCUUGACGAGAGAUGCUCACUUGUGGCGACCAGGACCUUGAGGAGGGCAACCAACUCAGGAAAGUUUUUUGGGGAGUCAUGAGGAAGGAGGAGGGGAAGCCAUGUGCUGUUGUUGUGAACCUUCAUGUCAUUUCCAGCUUAUGAUGCCCCUAAGGCGGACCUGCCUUGGGGCUUUCUUGGCAAGGUUUGUUCAGAGGAGGGUUGCCAUGGCCUCCCCCUGGGACUGAGAGAGUGUGACUUGCCAAGGUCCCCCAGUGGCUUUCAUGGCCAAACUGGGAAUCGAACCCUGAUCUCCAGCCACUAGGCCACGCCAACUCUCAUGGCUGCUGCUUAACGCAGGACAUCCUGCCCAGUGGUGAGUGGUUCCCCUGGCCCAAGGGGCCUAAGUAGUAUGGCUAGAAGUUGCCCAGGAGCGCCAGAGGAAGCCUUUAAUCCCAGGAUCCCGAGAGGAGCAAAAUGUUUUUCUAUGCUACAAUCCCACCAUUCUGCUCUCUCUUUCUGCAAUUUCCCCACAGUCCCUCGGUGCAGGUUCUGCUCCUCCUCCUCACUCAUGGUUUGUAUCUGUCAGAGCAUUGGCAUCAAGGCUUCUUUUGUAGAUUUAUCUUUUCUUUCCUCAAGGAGGUUCUGGGGUGUCUUCUAGCAGGAACACGGAGGUAUCUCUCAUGGUCAGUUGGUCAGCGUUGCUUGGGAAGAAGAGGUCAGAGGUAAGAAGAUCCAUGUCUUAAUGAACACAAAGUUGGCACCAAAGUGAGAAAUCACCUGGUUUCUGAGAAGAUGGGUGAGAAGCUGGGGUCCACUGAAGGUCUCAGUUGGGAUCAAGCAAACAACAUAUCCAAGGAGCUCAGGAACACUCCUUAUCAGCAACGGGAAGAAACACAGCCUGGUGGGAACAGAAACCUAUGAAGAUCCUAUAAUUUUUUAACAAUGUUGCCCCUUCAGCUAGGUUGGCUUUCUUUCCUACUCCUGAAAACCGGAUGUCUCCAUGUGACAUUUUUCCAGCCAGCAAGUUCAGCAGGAGAAGAAUAUGAAGCUUUAGAGAGCUCCAUCAGUUAUGAAGUUCAGAGCUUCGGUGCUUGGUAUAUCUGGCCCUGCCUUUCUCUCUUCCUUGCUGUGGUCCUUGUAUGCUUCUUUGCCUGCUGUCUCCAGGGCUGGCUGAAAUGGCAGAGGCUUUGCUCAUCACCACGCACACUCGCCGUGUUUGCUCUCAGUGAUGCUGACACAGCCUACGAGAACGAUGUAACCCCUUGGAUGCCACCAAAAAUCCAUCUCCAUCUCCCAGUCUGUGAACUUAGCUCUUCAGAUUUCAGCUAUGAUGUGGGCCCUCCUUCCUACAAUGAGAUUAUGAAGCCACAGAGUGAUUUGAACUCGGAACCUAUACAGGACGCUGGAGCAGCAGCAGCCUUAAAUUUCCCUCAAUAGGGAGCCUAGUUAGAGGGCUUGGCUCAGGCCUGUAACUUCCUCACUGUCUGCCUUCUCUACCUCUCAAGGUUGUUGUGAGGCCAAAACAUGGCCCUGAGUUCCUUCAAGGAAGGGAGAGGUUCUAAUAUAAUAAAGAAAUACUCUUUCAACCA